UAAGCGCAGGCGGUUGCCUCGUCAUAACAAUUUUCCUUUUACUCACUGAGUGUCACGCCACAGGUGCGCUUGCCUCGCUGUAAAUUGGUCUUUUAAACGCGACUCGUACGUCAUUUAUUAGUGUAAUUAACAAAUGCUGUAUAUCCAGUAAGUGAAGAGUGGACCGUAAUCGAGGAUGGGCCUGUGCUUCUCGUUCGACUGUGGAGACUGCGGGGAUUGUGGCUGCAACCCCUGCUGUUUGGCGCUGAGCGCUUGCUGCCUGAUCCCGUGCUUGUGCCCCAACGCUUGCGGGCAGCAGCAGCAGCAGCAGCCGCCACAGACCAUCAUAGUGCAGCAGCCGCCGGUUGUCGUCGACCAGCAGUACCCUCCACCGCCCCCUGGGGGAUACCCGUACCCGCACCCCCCUCCGCAGCACUAUCCCCCGUACCCACACCCGCAACCGUACGAUCCCUACGGCCCUCAGCACCGAUGAGAAGGGGCUAAUCUAAUCAAGGAUGGGUUGCAACAUCUCCUGCCGCCCUUGCUGCUGCUGCUGCAUCCCCUGCUGCUGCUGCGACUGCUGCGGGGAACCAAGGCAGCGCACGGUGGUCCACGUCACACAAGCAGCACCACCACCUCACACCACCAUUGUUGUCAGUCAACCAGCAGUGCAUGCGCCACCUCCAUAUAGAAGAUAACCCGUUCGUUUCAACUAAUGGACGUCCACUGCCGGAUAAAUGCCUCCAAAGGAUUUCAAUAACCUAACUAUGGCGGAGAACCCAUCAUUUAACAGAAAAAAGACUCUCAAAUCGUGUGUUGUCAGCAUUAUCACCGUUUAAGUUCCCGAGCACUUGGACGAAUAAAUGUUAUUAUCGAAUAAAGGUUUAUUCGCCGAA